AUGCCACGGACAGUAUUUCCCACCCGGCAUGUCCACACCCUGAAAACACACAAUGGCCCGGUCAACGCGGUAACUUACUCGAACGCCAGUGGCACCUACGUCCUGACGGGCUCCUCAGACAAAGCCGUGCACCUGUCGCGCGCGGUUUUAAAUGACUCCAAUGGUGCCAGCCCGGCCGAGACAACAUCUCCGAUCCAAAAAUAUGAAGCGCAUGGCUACUCAGUUCUCGAUGUCGCUGUCGCAACAGACAAUGCCCGCUUCGCAAGCGUAGGAGGUGACCGCCAAAUGUUCCUCUGGGAUGUGGAACAAGGAAUCACCACCCGGCGCUGGUCUGGGCACAAUGGCCGCAUAGAAGCCGUCCAGUUUGCCGGUGAAGGCGACUCGGUCGUUGUGACGGGCAGCGCUGACACCACCAUCAAUCUAUGGGAUACUCGCGCAUCAUCCUUCAAGCCUAUUCAGACUCUCUCCGAUGCUGCCGAUACUGUAUCUACCCUCCAUGUUCAUGGUCCGACUUAUUCGAUCGCUAGUGGCAGUUACGAUGGCCAUGCGCGCAUUUAUGAUGUUCGCACCGGUAAAAUGACGGUCGAUGUCCUUGCUCACCCCGUGACGAGUGUUCGAUGCUCAGACGACGGGAAUGCCCUGUUGGUCUCUACGCUAGAUGGCUACAUCCGGAUGUUAGACCGGGUUGACGGGAAGCUGUUGAAUGCUUUUGGGGGCCCGGCGCGACCUGGGAUGACGAUCUCAAAGCUUGAGUAUCGGAACAAAGAGUUGAGGGUCCGCUCCGUCUUCGCACAGGGUGGCGCUGUUGUAUUGAGUGGAGGUGAGGCAAGCGAGGCAGGGGCAGGGGCUUUUGCUUGGGAUGUUAUUAAGGGGGAAGUCAUUGCAGCCGUUCCUGUUGGGGAAAAGGUCAAGGCAGUGAGUUGUGUCGCAUGGAAUGAGAAGGGGGGAAAUUGGGCUGCUGGAUGCUCUGAUGGUACGGUCAGAGUCUAUGGUUGA